GAUCUGCUUGCUUCCGCAUCGGCUGUCGAGUGAACCCGAUACUGCAUGUCAGAAUCUUGCAGCCAGUCUUGGAAGACAGGCUUCUAAAAUCACCCCCACAUCGCAAUUCUUGCAAGGCUAACGUCGAGUCCUGGAUUCGAACAGUCUAAACUCAACUCGAAACAAUGGCCAUCAUCAAAUACGCUAUUCCCGCCAUCGCUGCGGCCCAGGUCGCCCUCGCUGCCAGCUGUGGUAGCAGCGGCAGCACCAUCAAGAUCGCCAGCCAGAGCGAUGCCGACAGCUACGCCACUUGCACGAAGCUCACCGGUGACGUUGAGAUCAGCGAGAGCUUCUCUGGUGACCUGAGCAUCAACGGUCCCUACGAGAUCACCGGUGGACUCUCUAGCGAUGGCGCCAGCAACCUCACCUCGCUCACCUCCACCAGCCUUGCCACGAUCGGUGACACCUUCAAGCUGAACGGUCUGACCACCCUGACCACCCUCAGCUUGACCAACCUGAGCAGCGUCGGUGCCAUCUCCUGGACCGCCCUCCCUGAGCUCCAGUCUCUCGACUUCACCAAGGGUGUCUCCGAGGCUGGCGAUGUCGAGAUCACCAACACCGGUCUGACCAGCUUGGAUGGUAUCUCUCUCAAGAGCGUCGGCACUUUCGACAUCACCGAGAACACCAACCUGAAGACCGUCAACGUCAACGACCUGACCAACGCCACUGGUCUGAUCAACUUCGCUGGUAACCUGGACUCUCUCCAGAUUAUCCUCCCCAACCUUGCCGGUGGUACCAACAUGACCUUCCGCAACGUCAGCGCCGUCUCUAUCCCCUCCCUCAAGGAGCUGAGCGGACAGCUCGGCUUCUGGGGCAACUCUUUCUCCAACUUCAGCGCUGCCAACCUCACCAGCACUGGUGAUCUCGUCUUCGACGACAACUCCGACCUUACCAACAUCAGCAUGCCCGUCCUCAAGACCGUCAACGGUGGUUUCCAGAUUGCCCGCAACGACAAGCUCGAGGAGAUCUCUUUCCCCGACCUUGAGACUGUUACUGGUGCCAUUGACUUCAGCGGUGAAUUCAACUCUGUCUCUCUUCCCGCUCUCGAGGAGGUCAAGGGUGGUUUCAACGUCCAGAGCACCGGUAACCUGACCUGCAGCACCUUCGAGAAGAUGCACAGCAACAACGUCAUCCGUGGUACCUACAAGUGCACCCAGACCUCCCACCCCACCACCAAGGACGGCUCUUCCGGCACCACCACUUCCACCAGCAGCACCAGCUCCGCUUCUUCCACCUCCAGCGACAGCGCCUCUGUCAUGAACAUUGUCAACGUCCCCGCCAUGGGUGCCGCUGCCAUCUUCGGUGCUUUCGUCCAGUACCUUUUGUAAAGGGCCUCCGAUAGUGAUUGUUUGCGUGUGCCGCUUUUGUUAAACCCCUAUGAUGGUCGUUGUGUCUAAAGUUGCUUAAGGAGCAAUUGGUCGUUAUUCCCAGUACU